CGUUCUUCUUCGAGACGUCUCCAGCCUAAAUCCUUGCCCAGAUCUUCCUCCACCGCUUCCAUCUUCAACCGUUGCGGAGAACCGCCGCCGCCGCCCUCCGCUCCGCCCGGCGCCGCAAGCGGCGAGCUUUCUUUGCUCCGUUAGCCCCCGCGCUUCUCUCGAGAGGGGAAUGGCCGUUUUCAUCUCCAACCACGCCGUCUUCGUCCCUCGGCUCUCCCCUUCUCCUCCUUGUCCCGUUUCGAGGCGACCCAUUUCGCCGCUUCGAAGCUGCGGCCGAUGGGAGGCGAGCGCAGGGUUCUCCGCCUCGCUCCCCGGUUUCCGGGCGGUUCGAGCGUGCAGGAGCAGGCCUUCUCCCGGAUGCCCUCUCGCUUCUGCUCCUCGCUCUGCCCAUUCUUCGAAAACUGGUGGGACAGAGACUUCUUCAGAUGGUAUGAAACCAUCUGGGCCUUCAGAGAAUAUACAGGAGUCAGUCAGCUUGAAUAAACUCUUUGAAGUUUUCAGGGAGGCUUUCCUUUCUGGAGAUGAGAAGACAGUUUAUGAGGUUGAGGCUAGGAUGUGCAAUAUAGAAGUAUUGAGAAAGCAACUAGUUGAGCAAGUAUCUACUUUAUCAGAAGAGAUGACUUCUGGUAAAGAGAAUUAUAUCCGACUGCAAGCAAAUUUUGAUAACUAUAGAAAGAGAGCAGAAAAGGAAAGACUUACAAUAAGGAGUGACGCCCAGAGGGAGGUAAUCGAGAGUCUUCUGCCCAUGGUGGAUAAUUUUGAAAGAGCCAAGCAACAGAUUAAACCUGAGACAGAUAAGGAAAAGAAGAUUGAUGCUAGUUACCAAGGUAUAUACAAGCAAUUUGUAGAGGUCAUGAGGAGCUUGCAUGUAUCUGCUAUUGCAUCUCUUGGAAAGCCUUUUGAUCCAUUGCUACAUGAGGCCAUUGGACGUGAGGAGUCUCAAGAAUUUCGGGAAGGCAUUGUAAUUCGAGAGAUUCGCCGUGGCUUUCGUCUUGGUGAUAGAGUUCUGAGGCCUGCAAAGGUUAAAGUUUCAGCUGGAUCUGGAAGCAAGAAAGCCAAAGCACUUGCUGUGGACUCUGCUGGACAAACUGCAGCAACAGCUGGAGUGGAUGAGCGAUAGUGAUUCACGGACAAGAACCAAUUUCUUCUGGAAAAGAUUUCAACGUCCUUCAUCCACUCCAGCUCGUGAAACUUUUUGGCGUAGCAUGCGGCUUUAAUUGAACCGGGCAAAGUUAGUUUCUUCUUGUCCAAGCUUCGCAAGUUAUAGUUGAAUCCAUGAGGAUAAUUUUCUCAGUUCUUUCCCUUCUAAAGGGUCUGAUAUAUGUAAAAGGAUUUGAUGUAAAAAAAUUUAUGGGCAUCAUAUUUGAAAGUUUCUAAUUGUUAUAA